CGACACUUGGAUUUCGACUAAAGAGCAAGUGUGUGGUGUGAUACCAUGUCACAGUGGAGAAGAGGAAUGCGGGGGUGGAGAGGACUCCUGUUGGAUGGAUAUCCAACUCCCAGGUCAGGGUUCGGAGCUGAUCCUCCCUGCACUGGCAAAAUCGGCAUUGCAAGAAGAUGCGAGCUAGGGGCUAGACCUGAUAGAGAGGCAGUACGAGCAAACGGAAGUAUACAGUAAUGUUUCCUCAUCCCAAGGUCAAUCUUCGCCGCUCUCCACAGCAUCUUCGCAUAUUCACGUGUUCAACAUGUCUUCACAAGAUUACUUCCAUAACAAAACCAUAGCCAUCACUGGCGCCGCAUCGGGGAUGGGUCUCUCCCUCUCCCACCUCCUCGCCUCCCGCGGCUCAAAUCUCUCCCUCUGCGACAUCCAACCCGACGCCCUUUCCGCCCUGGCAUCCUCUCUCACCCACAAAUAUCCCUCCAUCCAAGUCCUCACUUCAGUAACAGACAUAUCAUCUGAAUCUCAAGUCGCCACCUGGAUAUCCUCCACGGUAGAAAACCUUGGCGGUCUGGACGGCGUGGCUAAUAUGGCUGCGAUCAUCGGCAACGAUGUUCUCGUCAAGGCUACAGAUGGGAUAACAACAUCAGAUUGGAAUAACGUCCUAGCUGUGAAUCUCACGGGUAUGAUGAAUUGUCUGCGCUCGCAGAUGCCGGUUAUGCGGGCUGGAGGUGCCAUGGUGGUAUGUUCUAGUGUGAGUGGACAGAGGGGAUUUGCGAAUAAUGGGGCAUAUUGCGCGAGUAAACAUGGAGUUAUUGGACUUGCCAGAUGUGCGGCGAGGGAGUUGGGGCCGCGUAAUAUCAGGUUGAACGUCGUCGCUCCAGGCCCCAUUGACACACCGCUUAUGAACCAAUCUGAUUCUUUGAGAGGAGAUAAUAUGAAUUGGAACCAGUUGGCUCUUAAUCGUGUAGGGAAGCCCGAAGAGGUGGCUAAAGUGGUGGCAUUUUUAUUGAGUGAUGAGGCGAGCUUUGUUACGGGCGCGGUGGUGAAUGUUGAUGGCGGGUGGAAUUGUUAGGAG